GUCUGCCUCGCCCAGCACUCAGUACCUGUUCACCCCGUGUCCUUUCUUUGGAAGGUGAGGUACAGAAAAGAAGUGGGUACGCUGGUGGUGCCCAGCAGCUCAGCAAGUAGAAACACAUAUUUGGACUCAGCUCUCCACGUACGCGGGUCCUUGUAAACUUGUGCCUGAAAUGGGCUAAUCGUUGGAGCUGUUGCAGAUCUGCUCCUGCAACUUUUCACAGCAUGUCAGGGGACAGAAUAAAGAUGAUGUUCCAGUCAUUAGGAGCACUGCAAAGCCACCGGAAAUAAAUCCCAGUGCACCCUCUGCGGGGAGCCGGAAGAGGAAGAGGGCGGGGACCUGGUCCAGCCGGGCAUCAGCUUUCCGGGGCCGGCAGAGGAGGAUCUAGACCAGCAGUACUCAUGGUCCCCGACGCAGCACUUCAAUGAGGGAAGGUACUCGCCGGCUCCCAGGAACAUGAAGGGGCUGCCGGGGGGCCGGGCCCCAGCCCCGCUGUGCUCCGCCCACACCUGCGGCCUCGCGGGCCCCGAGGACUGCGAGCGCGCGCACGACCACCUGCACCAUGUGCAGGAGGCCAGGCAGCCCUACCUGCUCAGCCCGGUGGACGGCUGCCCCCUGGACCACCACCGCUGCUCCCCCGGCAGCUCUGUGCACUCGGAGUGCGUGAUGAUGCCCGUGGUGCUGGGCGACCACGUGUCCAGCAGCACCUUCCCCAGGAUGCACUACAGCUCCCACUACGACACGAGAGACGACUGCGCCGUGCCGCACGCCGGCGCCAGGGCCAACCGCAUCCCCGCCAACCUCCUGGACCAGUUCGAGAAGCAGGGGCCUCUGCACAGGGACGGGUUCCACACGCUGCAGUACCAGAGGACGUCCGCGGCCGCGGGGCAGCGCGGCGAGAGCCCGGGCAGGAUUCGGCACCUCGUGCACUCCGUGCAGAAACUCUUCACCAAGUCGCACUCGCUCGAGGGCCCCUCCAAGGGCCACGUCAACGGGACCAAGGGCGACGGCCGGGCGGAGGACCACCACCACACCCACCACCCCAAGCACGGCAAGAGGAGUAAAAGCAAGGAGCGGAAGCCCGACGGCAAGCCGCGGUCGGGCGCCAGCAGCUGGUGGAGCUCCGACGACAACCUGGACAGCGACAGCACCUGCCGCACGUCCAGCGUGGUCAACAGGCACCACGUGGACCACGUCUCCCACUGCUACCCCGAGGUGCUCCCGGGCCCCUUCGGGGACCUGUCCCUGAAGACGUCCAAGAGCAACAGCGACGUCAAGUGCUCGGCCUGCGAGGGCCUGACCAUGACGCCCGACACCAAGUACAUGAAGCGGAGCUCCUGGUCCACGCUCACCGUGAGCCAGGCCAAGGAGGCCUACCGCAAGAGCUCGCUGAACCUGGACAAGCCUCUGCUCCCCCAGGACGCCAAGCCCGCCCUGAGGCCGUGCCACUACCUGCAGGUGCCUCAGGACGAGUGGGGGGGGUGCCCCACGGGCGGCAAGGACGAGGAGAUCCCCUGCCGGAGAAUGAGGAGCGGGAGCUACAUCAAAGCCAUGGGCGACGAGGAGAGUGCGGAGUCCGACUCCAGCCCCAAGACGUCGCCCACGGCGGCCAUGCGGCCAGAGCCCCUGCUCAAGCCCAUCGGACCAAGGCCGCUGGCAGAUCUCCAAACCCAGAGCUACCUGCAAGCCGCAAGGGACGUGUCUGCUGCCCACAGCCUGGACCCCUCUGCCAAGUACAACUCCCCGAAAUUCCGCUCCCGGAACCAGAGCUACAUGAGAGCCGUCAGCACCCUGAGUCAGGCCAGCUGUGUGAGCCAGAUGAGCGAGGCAGAGAUGAACGGGCAGUUCGAGUCGGUGUGUGAAUCUGUCUUCAGUGAAGUCGAAUCCCAGGCCAUGGACGCCCUGGACCUUCCCGGAUGCUUCCGGACGCGCAGCCACAGUUACCUCCGAGCCAUCCAAGCUGGUUACUCCCAGGACGACGAAUGUAUUCCCGUGAUGACGCCCUCCAACACCACCCCAACUGUCAGGUCCACAGCAGCCGUGUCGUACGCGAAUUACAAGAAGACCCCGCCGCCCGUGCCCCCGCGCACCACGUCCAAGCCCCUGAUCUCGGUGACGGCGCAGAGUAGCACGGAGUCCACCCAGGACGCCUACCAGGACAGCCGCGCCCAGAGGGCGUCCCCGUGGCCCCAGGAUGGCCGCGGCCUCUACAACUCCACAGACAGUCUGGACAGCAACAAGGCCAUGAGCCUCGCCCUGGAGACGGCCGCGGCCCAGCGCCUGGCUGCCGAGGGCCAGAGCGGCUCCACGCGGACCAGCGACAAGGCCGUCCUGGUGUCCAAGGCGGAAGACUUCCUCAAGAGCCGGCGCUCCUCCAUCGGGAUCCAGGAUUCUGAAUUCCCAGAACAUCAGCCAUACCCAAGGUCAGAUGUGGAAACAGCCACAGAUUCGGACACGGAGAGCCGAGGCCUGCGGGAAUACCACUCUGUUGGCGUCCAGGUGGAAGAUGAGAAGAGACAUGGACGUUUUAAGCGCUCGAACAGCGUGACAGCCGCCGUCCAAGCAGACUUGGAGCUGGAGGGCUUCCCGGGACGCGUCACCAUGGAGGACAAGGGCCUGCAGUUUGGUCCCGCCUUCCAGCGGCACUCGGAGCCCAGCACGCCCACCCAGUACGGGGCGGUCAGGACUGUCCGGACCCAGGGGGUCUUUAGUUACAGAGAGGACUACAGGGCGCCCGUGGACACUGCCACCCUGCCCCCUCCCGAGCCCUGGCUGGAGCCGUGCGUCGAGACGGCAGACACCGGGAGGAUGUCUCCGUGCCGCAGGGACGGCUCGUGGUUUGUGAAGCUGCUACACACGGAGACCAAGAGGAUGGAAGGCUGGUGCAAGGACAUGGAGAGAGAGGCAGAGGAGAAUGACCUCUCGGAGGAAAUUCUCGGGAAGAUCCGGAGUGCCGUGGGGAGUGCACAGCUUCUGAUGUCCCAGAAAUUCCAGCAGUUCUAUUGGCUGUGCCAACAGAACAUGGACCCCAGCGCCAUGCCGAGACCCACGUCCCAGGACCUGGCGGGCUACUGGGACAUGCUGCAGCUCUCCGUCGAGGACGUCAGCAUGAAGUUCGACGAGCUGCACCAGCUGAAGCUCAAAGACUGGAAGAUAAUAGAGUCUCCGGAGAGAAAGGAAGAAAGAAAGGCCCCCCCUCCAAUACCAAAGAAGCCCCCCAGAGGGAAAUUUCCUGUCACGAGAGAAAAGUCCCUGGACCUGCCGGACAGACAGCGUCAAGAAGCCCGGAGGCGGCUCAUGGCUGCCAAGCGGGCCGCCUCCUUCCGCCAGAAUUCGGCCUCGGAGCGCGCAGACAGCAUAGAGAUCUACAUCCCGGAGGCCCAGACGCGGCUCUAGGGGCACCUUUGCCCUCUUUUCUUUUUAACAAGAUGCGUGUACAGUUUCUCACCCACCCGCUAAUUUUAGUCUUGUUUCUCCACCGAAUACACCCUGUUGUGUUCUCUGUGCCAUAGA